GAAGUCGGCACGUCAGUUUGAGGAGAAAUUUUUUUUAGAGAGAGAAAGUCUAGCAGCGGGAGGAAAUUGCGGAUCGAACUUCUCCCCGCGCAUCGUUUGCCUGUUCUAGGGUUUCUUCUUCCAUAAUCCAAACCCUAAUUUUGUUUCAUGAUUUCGAUUUCUCCUCCGAUUAAUUGCUUUAGAUUCAGUCUGGUUCAGACCUGUCUGAGCUGCUUGGUCUUUUGAGCUAGAUCUUUGGAUUAGGGUUUUCUUUUGGGCUUAUGUUCAUGUAUGGCUUGGGGGACAACAUGUGCAGAUAAGUCGAGAGCGAAUCAUAGAUGGGGUGAUACCAGUAAGGUCUAUACUAGAAAAAAACUCAAGAAAGGGGUCACGAACGACAGUCCCUCCGUGGUUACUGAGGUUGUUACGGAUAAUGACCCUCCCACCAUUAGUGAACCCCAGACUGCCAUUCCUAGUGGUGGGGAUGAUAUUGCCUCUUCAGUGGCCAACCUUGACAGCCAAGAUGAUAUUGUUGGGGAAGAAGACAAUGGGAACCAUGAACCUCAUCACUCUUCUCAUGCAGAAGGUUCAGAGGAGGACAAAUAUUGCCAGCAGCUACAAACUCCAUCAUUGGUGAAUGCUUGUUCCGACAAUUCUUCCAGCCUUAAUCAACCUCCUGAAGCUCCAAUAUCAAAUGGAAUUCUUGGACCACUCGACGGUAAUGAUAAGCCACUUGUUUCAAGAGUUGAUAACAGAGUUAGGAUUAAUUUUGAAACAAUAUAUCCUAAGGAUGAUGUUCGGCUGCUUAGGAGGAAGCUGCUGGGUGAGCUCGAUCAGGUCAGGAGUCUAGUAAAGCGAUUCGAAGAGAAGGAGAUUGAGCUAACUGGGUUAUCCAUUGAUGGUUAUAAUGGGUCUGAGUAUCCUGACAAUGGUGUUGUGAGUGGAAGGGCUCUACUUCGGGUGAAUUCUGAGUUUGGAUCUGCUGCUCAUCGAAAUUCAAGGCCUCUCAGGCAACUGAGUGUUUCAGUUACAAAUAAUAGUCAUGUCAUUAAUGAAUUUGUUGAAAAGGAGAAGAGAACUCCUAAGGCUAAUCAAUAUUACCACAAUUCAGAGUUUCUUCUUGGAAAAGAUAGAUUACCAUCUGAAAGUAACAGGAAGUCGAAGUCCAGCGGAGGGAAGAAACAUGGUAGACAAACGAAUUUUGGGUUUAACGUGGAAGGUCAUACUAAUCAAGCAUUAAAGAGUUGUAAUAAUUUGUUGGCUAGAUUAUUGAAGCACAAGCACGGUUGGGUAUUUGAGAAGCCUGUUGAUGCGAAGGCUCUUGGGCUUCACGAUUAUCAUGAUAUCAUCAAGCAUCCGAUGGACUUGGGUACAAUCAAAAGUCGGUUAGCAAGGAGCUGGUACAAGUCUCCUAGAGAAUUUGCAGAAGAUGUGAGACUUACUUUCAGUAAUGCCAUGACAUAUAAUCCCAAAGGUCAAGAUGUUCAUAUUAUGGCAGAGGAGGUAUCCAAGGUUUUUGAAGAAAAGUAUGCAGAUAUAGAGGCUGAGAAUAAUCAUCUUCAUUGGAGGUACCAACUUGUUAAUGAAACAGGUUUUCCUACCCCAACCUCAAGAAAAGUGCAACCUCUUCCGGCUCCACCCUCUCUUCCAAUUAGAACAUUUGAUAGGUCAGAAUCAAUGCCGUCAAUGCCAUUUCUAAAACGGAGUGGUUCAAUGUGCAGAACUCCUGCUCCAAAAAGACCGAAAGCAAAAGACCCCAAUAAGAGAGAUAUGACAUACGAAGAGAAGCAAAAGCUCAGCACAAAGCUUCAGGGUUUACCUCCAGAUAAGUUGGACAGCAUAGUACAGAUCAUUAAGAAAAGAAAUACUGAAUUAUGUCAACACGAUGAUGAGAUUGAGGUUGAUAUCGACACUGUUGAUGCAGAGACACUUUGGGAACUCGAUAGAUUUGUUACCAAUUACAAGAAAAAUUUGAGCAAGCAUAAAAGAAGAGCUGAACUUGCAACUCAAGCAAAAGCAAUGGGGGUAAAUGCUGCUAAGAAUAAGGUCUUCUCUCCACGAGCUGAUAUGGACAACACCAAUGAAACAAAUAUAGUUGCUGUUCCUCAAUCACAAGGAGAUAAUGUGAGUAGUUCUAGCAGUUCUAGCAGCGACUCUGGUUCUUCAAGUGAUUCAGACAGUGAUAGUUCUUCUGGCUGCAGUUCAGAUCAAGGGAACCAUUGAUGGAUUAUGUCAUAAGAUGAGACUAAAUGGUGAAGAUCAUCAAUCAAGAUAAACAUUGCAUUGGGAGAUGAAAUGGGCAGAAAGGCACAAACAUAUGAUUGGAAUUAAGCUGAUUACUACUGUACUUUAUAUUAUUAGUAAUGGGUUUUAGUAUUAUUGAGAUUUAUUUGGCUGAGAUAUCAUUUAAACUGAUUUUGGGAGCAGCGGCAGCAGCUCAUGAAUAGAAUUUAUUAACUGUCUGGGAGCCUGUUAUUAUGCAAAUCCCGCGUUUUCAUUCUCCGAAUGAUUGCGAGGGAAAAGCAUUCAGGAAUCUAGAAACAAACAACACCUUAUAACAUUCACUUGUGGGAUGAUGAGUAUUUAUGUAUUAAUACCCCCCAUGUUAUAUUUAUAUGGUGGAGAAGUUGGGUUGAUUAUGUAGACAGGCCAAUGGAGAUGUUAGGUUUCUUUCAUGUAAAACAAAUGGCUGGUGAUUUCAGUUUAUGGUGGUGCAAUGUUUUUGAAGUUAUGUCAUUGCAAACUUUGUACAACUCCAAGUAGGUUAAUGAUAGUGGUAGAGUUCAAGUUAAGUUAUGUGUAAAUAUUUAAAGAUUAGUUAGUUGCCUUUGUUUGUGUUCAUAUCUUUCCAUUUUAUUUUAUUUUAGAUUCAAUCAUUCUUCUU